CAUUAACUGAAUAUUUAUUGAAGUAAAUUAUUAUUAUUAUUGACUACAGACCGACCAAAAGUAAUGCCAAGUUUGGUGACAAUACCAGUCGAUGAGAAUGACGUGAGAAUUGUAUUCCUACUGACAUUAAAUGGUCGAUCACUUCGACAAAUAAACCGAUUACUUAAGAAUAUUUACGAUCCAAAGCACUUCUAUUAUAUUCAUAUCGAUUCUCGUCAGGACUACUUGUUUCGUGAAUUAAUUAAAUUAGAGUCCAAAUUAGCGAAUGUAAGGGUGAGCCGGGUCCGUUUGUCGACCAUAUGGGGCGGCGCU